AUGGGUUUCUUGGUGACUACCCUUAUCUUCGUCGUGGUAGGGGUUAUUGCAUCACUCUGCGUCAGAAUCUGCUGCAACAGAGGGCCCUCGGCAAACCUAUUACACCUGACGUUGAUAAUUACAGCAACAGUGUGCUGCUGGAUGAUGUGGGCCAUUGUUUACCUGUCACAAAUGAAACCUUUAAUUGUUCCGAUUUUGAAUGAAUCGGAAUAA